CCUGACUACCGGGGGCGGUCCUCUUUCAUGAUUUCUAUCAUGGUGGAAUGGUGGAAACGUGCGUCGCAUGAAUUACAUACAAGGUGAAGGGAAAUCUUUAAUAACUUGAGGAGAGUUGAAAUGCACUAAUGGAUAAAAUUUUUCGAUCCCUUCUUCCGAGCCGGUCGACGUUUUAUAGAAACUUAUUUGAGCAAAACACUAUACCAUUCAAUAAAUGUGUAAAGCAAAAUAUGUAUGAAAGCAAUGGAAGAUAUUCUACGUUGUUUCCAUCAGAAUAUCCAACGAGGAAUGGUACACAAUGUAUAUUCAUCAGGCCUCUAAAUUAUUAUUCUAAACCUGGUUUCCUGACAACUAGUCAACAAAGUCGUAAUAUGUUUAUUCAAACGCAAGAUACACCAAACCCAAAUAGUCUAAAAUUUAUACCAGGAGUAUCGGUAUUAGGAGAAGGAUGCACAAAGGAUUUUCCUAGCGCAAAGGAUGCGUUUUGCUCACCACUCGCAAAAAUGUUAUUUCGUAUAGAGGGAGUGAAGGCAAUAUUUUUUGGUCCUGAUUUUAUCACGGUUACGAAAAUCGACGAGGAUGUAGAGUGGAAACUUCUGAAACCAGAAGUAUUUGCCACAAUUAUGGAUUUUUUUGCAACAGGAUUGCCAGUCAUGGAUGAAACCUCUCAACCUGCAGCAGAUACGCAAAUUAAUGCGGAAGAUGACGAGAUCGUUCAGAUGAUAAAGGAAUUAUUGGAUACACGAAUACGUCCUACGGUGCAAGAAGACGGUGGUGACAUUGUAUUUGUGGGUUUCGAGGAAGGCAUUGUGAAAUUGAAAAUGCAAGGUUCGUGUACCAAUUGUCCAAGUUCGGUAGUAACCUUGAGAAACGGUGUACAAAACAUGAUGCAAUUCUACAUCCCUGAAGUACUCGGAGUCAUACAAGUAGAGGACGAGACGGAUAAAGUCGCCGAGAAAGAAUUCCAAAAAUUCGAACAAAAAAUUAACAAAGUGAAAGAAAAUAAAGAUAAAUAGAUGUGAUUAUAGUUUUAUGACUUGUAGGCAAUUUUGUAGACCUGUGCAUAAUCUUAUAAUUUCCUACAGCGUAUAUUGUAUAAUUGUUAAUCAAUAAUAAGACUUAUAAUACAGUUGAGAA